AUGCGGAACUCCUUUUCUCUCUGUCGCUUUCGCAACCAUUGGUACGAUCGGAAGCGCCACCUUUACUCCGCCUUUAGCUCCCAAAUUCAUGCUCCGUUUUCUUCGCCGGAACCCGAAUCCGAGCCGAAGAAAUUCGUUUCUUCAAAGUGGAAUGAAUUCAAUUUUUGCUCUAAUAAAUAUAAAUAUAAUGUCUGUCCUCAUCGAUUUAGUAAAGCUCAGGGAUUUAUCGCAUCUCCUGUUCAACUUCGGAACUUUGCUGCGGCUAAUUCUUUGUGUAGAGCUAUUCCAGUUUCCAAUUUCAUUGCACUCAAUGCUAGUUCCCGCCAGCUCUCCCUUGCUCGAGGAUUUUUCACUAGAGCUAAAAAGAUUAAGAAGAUUGAAGUGGUCGAUCAUGGCCAACGAGCAGUUACAACAGCAUUGUGGUGCAAUUUUCUUGUGUUUUCUCUCAAGUUUGGGGUCUGGUUAUCCACCUCGAGCCAUGUCAUUUUGGCUGAAGUUGUGCAUUCAGUUGCAGAUUUUGCAAAUCAGGCACUUCUUGCAUAUGGUUUAAGUAGUUCACGCCGUGCCCCAGAUGCUCUCCACCCAUAUGGUUAUUCUAAGGAAAGAUUUGUCUGGUCUUUGAUAUCUGCUGUUGGUAUAUUUUGUCUCGGAUCUGGGGCUACAAUUGUUCAUGGAGUUCAAAACUUGUGGACUUCUCAGCCCCCUGAGCAUAUUGAGUAUGCAGCUCUGGUGAUUGGUGGCUCUUUCAUUAUUGAAGGUGCUUCUCUUCUUGUUGCCAUCCAUGCUGUCAGAAAAGGUGCUGCUGCGGAAGGAAUGAAAGUGAGAGACUAUGUCUGGCGUGGUCAUGAUCCUACAUCCGUUGCAGUUAUGACAGAGGAUGGUGCUGCUGUUACAGGGCUUGCCAUUGCUGCUGCUUCAUUGGUGGCUGUAAAUACCACAGGAAAUGCAAUUUAUGAUCCAAUUGGUUCAAUUGUAGUGGGCAACCUAUUGGGAAUGGUCGCUAUAUUUCUGAUUCAGAGGAAUCGCCAUGCUUUGAUUGGGAGAGCAAUUGAUGACCAUGAUAUGGAAAAAGUUCUUCACUUUCUGAAAAAUGACCCAGUCGUUGAUUCAGUUUAUGAUUGCAAAAGUGAGGUGAUAGGACCAGGAUUUUUUAGAUUCAAAGCUGAAAUAGAUUUCAAUGGUGUGGUGCUAGUGCAAAACUAUCUAAACCGAACUGGACGUGAAGAGUGGGCUAAAGAGUUUCGAGAGGCUGCUAAGCUGGAGGACGAUUCUUCUUUACUCAAGAUCAUGUCAAACUAUGGUGAAGAAGUGGUCACAGCUCUGGGAAGUGAAGUAGAUCGGCUUGAAAAAGAAAUCCAAGAAAUAGUUCCCGGUAUUAGGCACGUGGAUAUUGAAGCACACAAUCCAAUCAGUCCAUCUCCCCCAUGA